AUGGGAGGUUGCGCUACACGUCCACGAGCAGUUGUACGUCCAUCAGUUGUAAGAUUUAUUCCUGAGGAGUCAUCAAUAAGUACUGAUCGAAAAAAUCUUGAAUCAUAUUACUUAUUUUGGCUUGAUAGUACGGUAAGAUCACCUGAAUUUAUAGAAACUCAAGAUGAAUUACGUGCCAUAAUAAAUUACAUGAAAAUAUUCGAAUCAAAUGAAGAAUGUGAAAAAGAAUUUAAAAAAAUUAAAAAUGGUAAAAUAUUUUUAAUUGUCAAUUGUGUUCAAGGUUUAUUAUUGUUACCCAAUAUUCAUGAUCAUCAAAAAUUACAUUCUAUUUACAUGUAUCAUAAUCACGAUAAUGUUGACAUGAAUCAAGCAACAAAUCAAUAUAAUAAGAUUAGAGGAAUAUAUGAUUCGCUCUCUACAGUUAAACGAUAUUUAGAAGAUGAUAUCAAAAUGCAUACAGAUCUUGAUGAUCCAAUGAUAAUUGAUAUUGCUACUGAUAACAAUAAUUUAGAAUAUCGAGAACGAUUUAUUUUAUUUUUAAAAAUAGUUAAUGUUAAUGCAAAAGAUAUUUAUGAUAGUCGAAUUCGAAAACGUUUAAUUGAAACUUAUAAGAAAUACUAUGAAAAUAAUGAUAGUGAAGUAAGUUUUAUCGAAGAAUUUUCUAUUUCAUAUAAACCUGAAAAAGCUACAUUAUGGUAUAUACGUGGAUCUUGUUUACAUCGUUUACUUUCUCGUGCAUUUAUUGAACAAGAUAUGAAUGUACUUGUUGAUAUGUAUUCAUUUAUUGUGGAUAUCAAUCAAAAUAUAAAAAAUCAAAGUAUAAAUCAAUCAUCAACAUUACGUGUAUAUCGUGGUCAAUUUAUAUCAAAUGAAACAUUAUCUCUAUUAAAAAAUAAUAUUAAUCAAAUAAUAACAAUGCAAUGUUUCUUUUGUGCUCAAACAUCACGUGAUGAAAUUCUUAAUGUUCUUCAAAGUAUUGAACCAAUAGAUAAAACUACCAAACGUAUACUAUUCGAAAUCGAUGCAUUACAAGAUUAUAUAUUUGUUGAUAAUAAUCAAACAUCUACAUCAAAGACAAUUCUCUUUGUACUUGGUGCAGUAUUCAAAAUAAUUGAUGUUACUGACACAACAGUUAUAUUAUCUCAAUGUACUACAAUUUUAAAUGGUAAUUAUGAUUUAGUAAAUGAAUCACCUUUAAUUAUUCGAGGUAUACUUACCUAUUUACAAAAUGGUACUAUUGAAGCUAUUGAAUAUUUUAAAAAACUCUUAGUUGAUGAAUCUGAAACUGACUUAGCAACAAAAUCAUCUAUUUAUGGACAAUUAGGAUAUUUAGAAAAACAAUUAGGUAAUUACAAUGCAGCAACCAGUAUGUAUGAAAAAGCAAUGCAUAAUGGAAUAAUGCAAUUUAGUGUUUAUCUUUUUUAUCUUGAUCAAGCAGCUCAAUAUUAUGCUAAUGUACUUAAUAAUUGGGAAAAAGCAAAGAGUUUAUGGAUACAAAAACUUAAUAUUCAAAAUACUUUUCUAUCAGAAGAAGAUAAAAUACAAACGUAUGAAAAUUUAGCACGUGCUACAUUUGAAACUAAGCAAUAUGCUAAAACAGUUGAGUAUACAUUAGCAGCAAUUGAAAAUUUACCAAGUGAUCAUCCUCAUAUUUCAUUUCUUCAACAACAAUUAGAAUGCGCUAAAAAGAAAUUAUCGGAACAUACUACACAUUGA